AGGCCCAUUCAGAAACAGGCUUCUAAUGGGCCAAAAAUUGUUUGAGCCAGGCCGUAUAAAACCGGGGCCCAUGGGUCGUAAAUUUUGAUCGUCUUCCUUAUCUAGAUCUCCGGGAGAUGCGCAGCCGAGUCGAACGACAGAGAGAGCUCGGCAGCAAUGGCGUCCUCAGCAGUUUCGUCCACUCUAUUUUGUUCUCCAAUUUGCUGCAAAUCACUGUCGAAAUCCCACUCUUCACCAUCUCUGGCAUUAUGUGGGCGGUUCCCGGCCAAUGCGACGGCGAUUGUCACACGUGGGAGAGGGAGCGAGAGCGCGCCGACGGUGAAGGCGCAAACUUUUGAUUUCUCCGGCUCGUUUUAUCAAGGUGUAGGAAUGGGUUCCGAAGAAGAACCACCGUCGUCGUCGGGAGGCACCGCGACGGCGGUGGAGGAGAAAGAGGCCCCUCCCUGCCCACCUGGGCUACGCCAGUACGAGACCAUGGCGGUCCUGAGGCCGGAUAUGUCCGAAGAUGACCGGCUUACUCUUACCCAAAAGUACGAGGAGCAGUUGCUAGUUGCUGGGGGUGGGAUGUAUGUGGAGGUAUUCAACAGAGGGGUGAUUCCACUAGCCUACAGCAUCAGGAAGAAGAACAAAGCCGGGGAGACCAACACGUACUUGGAUGGCAUCUACCUCCUCUUCACUUACUUCACAAAACCAGAUUCCAUGACUGCUCUUGAGUCGAUAUUGCAGGCCGAUGAUGAUGUGAUCCGAUCGAGCAGUUUCAAAUUCAGGAAGAGAAGGUACUAAGAGAUUUAUACUGUAUCCAGUUUCAUUCCCUCUCGCUCGCGGCACACUCUAUAAAGAAGUUAUGAGAGCAAGGGAUGCAGUCUAGUGAUCUCGCACUUUGUAUUCCUUCAAAUUUGAUUUGAUUUUUUCUGUCAUGUAAGCAAAUCCAAUCAACGACUUCUGAAACAUCAUCUGGUACUUCGAGUCGAUGACCCUAACGUUGUUGGUGUGGAUGGAUGUGAUCUAUGUACAAAUUUCAGAACCCUAUUAUUGUUACUCCUUUGGCUUGUGCCACCCCAAAUAUGCAGUCAGAAAAGGAACUUCAGCCAGUGAAAGCAAGGAACUGCUCUUAGCUGGUCCUGUUACUUGGGUCUCUGCACAGGCUGGUGGAGAGGAAUCUGGUUCUAGAUAAAGGCAAUAAGCAGGGUUGAUAUUCUACACUCCAUUGUUUCAUUCAUCUAAUUUCAGUCAGUUUAUGGAUAAGCAUGCAGAUAUGAUCUUUGCUUGAAUAGAACUAAAGCUAUCAUUUCUAAGUCAUACUUUUCACCAACAGAGAAAGCAAAGGGCAACAAAGUUUGGACCUGUUUAUCUAGUAUGUAAAGGCGAUGGCUUUAGUCAUGAAACAAUCAUUUCCCAGGCCAAUAAACAGAAGGGGCAUAAAGGAAAGAAGCAAGUAGAAGAGAGAAUAUAUUUCUAUACAUAGCAACCACUCAGAGGUAGGGGAUUUUACAAAGGGACGAUGGUGGUAGCUGCACUUUUGGGACUAAUAAAAGUUUGUUUUUAAGAUUAGAAGGGAAAAGGGAAGAGAUGAUUCCAAAUCGUAACAGAAGCAGACAUAUAGUGGAAACUGCUUCAGAUCUUAUCUCGUAGAAUUGAUAUGCCCACUUUGUGUGAGUGUGCUUGGAAGGGAAGGAAGGCUGUCUUUCCUGAUCCACCCACUAACACAAGUGAGAUUUCCCCCCUAGUGAAAUUGAAAGGUGACAUCCCCCAACAGCAACAUUCAAACUUGUUUCCAGAAAAGAAAGAUGCUACUUUCUCAAAAAAAAAGUAGGCUCAUAUAA